AUGGACAAGGAGCCGGUGAAAGCCAAGUCGUCGAACAGAGAUGAAGCCCGCCCGAGUGCCAUCAGUGGAGACCGGCCAAAGCUGCAGGAAAAAAGCGGGCAGCACUGUCAUCAACGCUGCACGGGCGCCAGUUUCUUAGCUACUCCCGUCCCCGAGACGCUCUCUAUUCACUUUGACAACCGCGAGAUUUAUUCCAUUUCAGGCAACUUCUUCCCUCCCCAAUAG